AUGGCCCAGCCGUUCUGGGUCUCCUGUCUUUUCCCACUGUUUCUGGCUGCCUUGGCUCAGGAGACUCUGAAUCCUCAAAAAGAAAAGGUGAAUUGCAACAAAGGUGUGACUGGCACUAUCUAUGACUAUGGGGCCAAGACCCUGAAUGGUGGGGAGUAUGUUCCCUUCCAGCAGUAUGCAGGAAAAUACAUCCUCUUUGUCAAUGUGGCGUCCUUCUGUGGCCUUACAGCUACUUAUCCUGAACUGAACACACUGCAGGAGGAGCUGAAGCAGUUCAAUGUCAUUGUUUUGGGCUUUCCUUGCAACCAGUUUGGAAAACAAGAACCUGCAAAAAACUCAGAGAUCCUCCUUGGACUCAAACAUGUGCGUCCAGGAGGUGGCUAUGUCCCCAAUUUCCAGCUUUUUGAGAAAGGGGACGUGAAUGGAGAAAAUGAACAAAAGAUUUUUUCUUUCCUAAAGAACUCCUGCCCUCCCACCUCUGAACUUUUGGGCUCUACAGAGUAUCUCUUCUGGAAUCCCAUGAGGGUCCAUGACAUCCGCUGGAAUUUUGAGAAGUUCCUGGUGGGUUCUGAUGGAGUCCCUGUCAUGCGCUGGUUCCACAAGACUCCUGUCAGCACUGUCCAAUCAGACAUCAUGGAGUACCUAAACCAAUCUCAUAGCCACUAG